GCGUUUAGGACGUAGACGCCGAUCUUAUAAAGUACAAGGUGACACUUUGUCUCAUCCUACAUUCACUGACUGCCGCUGUGUGGGAAAGCCGCUAAUCCAGGACCCUUCGAAAGCCGCAACAAACCGCUCCCAGCCAUGUAUGCCUGCGCCAAGUUCGUCACUUCUCCAGCUGUGCUGCGUGGGGGGUCCAGAGUCCUCGCCCGGCCGGUCUCAGUCUCCCUCUUCAACAGACCUGAAGCCACAGCGGAGCAGCAGGCCCUGUUGCCUGUCAGCCAGUCUGGAGUCCUGAGCCGCUCCUUCCAGACCAGCGCCAUCUCCCGGGACAUCGACACCGCCGCCAAGUUCAUUGGCGCUGGCGCUGCCACUGUGGGUGUGGCCGGCUCAGGAGCUGGAAUCGGAACAGUGUUCGGCAGCCUCAUUAUCGGCUACGCCAGGAACCCCUCCCUGAAGCAGCAGCUCUUCUCCUACGCCAUCCUGGGCUUUGCUCUGUCUGAGGCUAUGGGUCUCUUCUGUCUGAUGGUGGCAUUCCUCAUCCUCUUUGCCAUGUAAAACCCAGAACAAGCCGCCCCGCCCCCGUUCCCAUCACUUACCCCCUUCUUCCCGGUCUACUUUUCCUUUCCACUUUCUCCCUGCCUCUCUUCCUUCCACCUGGAGGGGGUGGUGGGGGGGGGGUUCCAGAACGGUAACUCUGAAUGAGCUGAUGAGCCAUUCACAUCUGAGGUUAACAAACCAUCGUGUUUUUUUUUUUUUUUUUGUUCCUACGCUUAUUUUUGUUUUUCAAAAGUUUUGUAAGACCUCACUUCAGUUGACAUCUGUCCAAAAUAAAUGGUUGGGAUAACUAAAAUCUGUCUGCAGUGUUUUGUUGUUUUUAAUGUUAUUUCAAAGAAAAUUAAAUAGUCAAAGGUUCCUCUUUGACAUACUGUAAAACAAUAUUUACAGCAUGGAUGCAUGUGAUCAACUGUGGCAAAAGAAUAUCUGUAUAUCCUGAAUAAAAUUACCUUUGCUAUA